UUUUGAUAAAACUUCUAAAUAAUAUCUGCCAAAAUAAAAUAAAAAACAGAAAAAUAAAAAGAUAGAAAACGUUUCAGUGUCUCCGACCAACUAUACGACCAUCUGAAUCGGAUUAGGGUAUAAGACUAGUCGGAGAAAGAAGUCAUGGGAAGAAGAAAAGUGGAGAUCAAACGAAUUGAGAGCAAAAGCAGUCAACAAGUCACUUUCUGUAAACGCCGCAAUGGUCUCAUAGAGAAAGCUCGUCAGCUCUCAGUUCUUUGUGAAUCAUCAGUGGCCAUUCUAAUGGUUUCCUCCACCGGAAAACUCUAUAGCUCCUCCUUUGGCGAUAGCAUGGCCAAAAUCAUCAAGCGUUAUGAGAUACAACAUGCUGCUGCACUUAAAAACAUGGAUCUAGCAGAGAAAUCUCGGAAUUAUCUUUCACACAAGGAGUUACUGGAAAUAGUCAAGUGCAAGCUUGAUGAAGCGAAUCUCGAUGAUGCAAGUGUAGAGUCUCUAAUUUACCUGGAAGGGCAGUUCAAGGCUGCUCUGUCUGUAACUAGAGCUAGGAAGACAGAACUAAUGUGGGAGCUUGUGAAAAAUCUUGAAGAGAAGGAAAAACUGUUGAGAGAAGAGAAUCACAUUUUGGUUAGCCAGCUAGCAAAGAUGGAGAAGAAGAGGCUUCCGGAAACAGAGGAUGAAGGAGCAAUGUCAUCGGUAAAUAGCUACGGCAACAGCCCACCGAAGACCCUCCCGCUUCUAAAGUAACAAUCAUCAUCAUCGGCUGCUUUUGCACCAUAUCCUGGUUUUAAAUAAAUGUAAAAAAAAUCAUAUAUGUAUCCUAAACAUCCUCUUCUUCACCUGAUCAUACGGAAAGUUGAAGAAAAGAAACUCAGGGAAAUCAUUAAACUAUCUUUGCUGUUACCUUUGGAGACAUGACCACAGUUUCAUAUGGUUUCUAUGUUUUGUAUGAUCUUGUGUUGAAAAGUAUGACUUAUUGAGCUUAUAAAAAGUCUUGAUUUCUUCA